AUGCCGAAGAAUAAGGGAAAGGGUGGUAAAAAUCGACGUCGAGGGAAGAACGAAAAUGACAACGAGAAGCGAGAACUGACCUUCAAGGAGGAAGGUCAAGAAUAUGCCCAGGUUGUCAAGAUGUUGGGCAACGGACGACUCGAAGCGCUCUGUUUCGACGGCGAAAAGCGCCUCGCACAUAUCCGUGGCAAACUGCGCAAGAAAGUCUGGAUUAACCAGGGAGACAUCAUCUUGCUAUCUCUGCGCGACUAUCAGGACGAAAAGGGCGAUGUUAUUCUCAAGUACAAUGCCGAUGAGGCAAGAAGUCUGAAGGCUUACGGCGAGUUGCCUGAGAGCGCUAAGAUUAACGAGACUGAUACCUAUGGCCAUGAGGAUAUUGAUGACAACGUCGAGUUCGACGAAGACAGAGAUGGCAGCGAAGAGGACAAGGACAUCGAUGUUGAUGACAUCUGA